CCCGAUAGUCAGAGAUCACAGGCUUUCAUGGAUAUUGCGAAGCUAGUAGGGUCAAAGAUAGGGUUGUAAAUUUAGUAUGAUGGGUUAAUGUAUGCGUCAUGUGCCGACGAAGCGCUCUAGACUGCGUCUCUCUACGUUGUUGAUAAUCAGAUAUGGCUUGUUCCUAACUUACACGGUGUCUAUCUGCAACACGGCAUGGUCCUUGAUGCCAUAUCAAUUAACAUUUGUCGCAUGUAACGCGCUAGCUAUUUUUUUGGUUGGCGACUUGGUUCCUGUCCACAGCGAGACUUUAGCAAAUCAAUUCCACGAUAUAAUUUUGGGGUCGUAAGGAUAGCAAAAGGAACUCUCCAUUCUAAAGACUUGUGUAUUGAGGCACAAGAGCUCGAUCAGAAGAACCGAGGCACUAAAGAGAGUGUCUAGUUUAAGGGCUAUGUUAGCAUCCAUAGAACCUAA